UAAGUUCACGGGGAACGUCUUCUACAACUACAUGAUGGGCAUCGAGUUCAACCCUCGGAUCGGCCAGUGGUUCGACUUCAAGCUGUUCUUCAACGGGCGGCCCGGCAUCGUGGCCUGGACCCUCAUCAACCUGUCCUACAUGGCCAAGCAGCAGGAGCUGUACGGACACGUCACCAACUCCAUGAUCCUGGUCAACGUGCUGCAGGCUAUCUAUGUGUUGGAUUUCUUCUGGAAUGAGGCGUGGUACCUGAAGACCAUCGACAUCUGCCACGACCACUUUGGAUGGUAUCUGGGCUGGGGGGACUGCGUCUGGCUCCCGUACCUCUACACUCUGCAGGGUCUGUACCUGGUCUACCACCCGGUCCAGCUCUCAGACGCUCACGCCCUGGCCGUGCUGCUGCUCGGCCUCAUCGGUUACUACAUCUUCCGCUCCACCAACCAUCAGAAGGACCUGUUCCGACGCACCGAGGGCGCCUGCUCCAUCUGGGGCCAGAAGCCGGCGUUCAUCGAGUGCUCGUACCGCUCCGCCGACGGAGGCCUCCACCGCAGCAAGCUCAUGACCUCGGGCUUCUGGGGCGUGGCGCGGCACCUCAACUACACCGGCGACCUGAUGGGCUCUCUGGCGUACUGCGCCGCCUGCGGCUUCGGACACGUGCUGCCUUACUUCUACAUCGUUUACAUGACCAUCCUGCUGGUGCAUCGCUGCGUGCGCGACGAGCACCGCUGCAGCAGCAAGUACGGGAAGGACUGGAAGCGCUACACAGAUACUGUUCCCUACAGGCUGAUUCCUGGAGUGUUUUAGACGCAGAGGGGGGUGGGGGGGGGGGGGGGGGGGCUUAGAUUAAGCAACACUAGAUGCUGGUUAGACAUGUGGACUCAGUGAUUUUUUACAUAUGAAGAAAAUACCUCAGUGAUAACAUUUAGCACUUCAUUUCAUUCCUUCUGUAGUUGAUGUGUUUUUAAACUUUGACAUGUGGAGAGCUGUGGGCGAGUCCCGUUUAUGACGACAUCACACUUUGAUACAUCAGCCCUCUGUUUUGUCUAAACUGUGACCGUUUAACAUGAUAAAGAUCAUUUUCAAAAAAAUGUUUCAAUAAAUCUACAGAAGCAGGACCAAG